AGUAAUUUAUCAAUAAAAAUCAUUACAAGAGGUUGGAUAUAUUCUUUCAAAUUUCUAAUGUCAUCCUUGAAAUUUGUGAUCUACCCUUCAAGAUAGAUAGAGAAAUCAUGACAACCCAUCUUCCAAAUUCAAUAGAAACCUCUGAAAAUGAUGAAGUCACAGCAGCCAAUUCCUCCAAAGAACUUGAUGCUGGAGCCUUGUUUGUGUUGAAAUCAAGAGGUUCAUGGCUGCACUGUGGCUACCACUUGACUACUUCAAUAGUGGCUCCAGCACUUCUGAGUCUGCCCUAUGCUCUCUCCAUGCUGGGCUGGCUUGCUGGUGUUGCAUGUCUCACAAUUGGAGCUCUUGUGACAUUCUAUUCAUACAAUCUUCUGUCACUGGUUCUUGAGCACCAUGCACAGCUAGGGCAUAGGCAACUGAGGUUCAGAGAUAUGGCUAAAGAUAUAUUAGGACCAGGAUGGGGCAAAUACUUUGUGGGUCCAAUCCAGUUUGGUGUAUGCUAUGGUGCUGUUAUUGCUUGUAUUCUUCUUGGUGGGCAGAGCCUCAAGUUCAUAUACUUGCUCUCUACUUCUAAGGGAAACAUGGAGCUAUACCAAUUUGUGACAAUUUUUGGGAUCCUGAUGAUAGUGGUAGCUCAAAUUCCAUCAUUUCACUCCCUCAGGCACAUCAACCUUGUUUCUUUACUCCUUUCUCUUGCUUAUAGUGCUCUUGCUCUUGCUGCUUCUCUUUACAUCGGGUAUGCAAAGAAUGCACAAGCAAAGGACUACUCUAUCAAUGGAAGAGGAUGGAAUCGUCUCUUUGGAUCUUUGAAUGCAAUUUCAAUUAUUGCUACCACAUAUGGGAAUGGGAUUAUCCCUGAAAUACAGGCAACAAUAGCACCUCCAGUGAAGGGGAAAAUGUUCAAAGGCCUGCUAGUCUGUUAUGCUGUUGUGGUGACCACAUUUUUCAGUGUAGCAAUUUCUGGAUAUUGGGCAUUUGGGAAUCAGGCCAAGGGAACAGUUAUAAUGAAUUUUAUGCCCGAUGACAAGCCUCUAUUACCCACUUGGAUUCUCCUGAUGACCAAUGUUUUUACCCUCCUACAAGUAGCAGCUGUAACUGUGGUUUACUUGCAACCAACAAAUGAAGUGCUUGAACAAAAGUUUGCAGAUGCAAAGAGGGAUCAGUUCUCAAUCCGGAAUGUGGUUCCAAGGGUAAUAUUCCGAUCAUUAUCAGUAGUCAUAGCCACAACUAUUGCUGCCAUGUUUCCUUUCUUUGGAGAUAUCAAUGCAGUGAUUGGAGCAUUUGGAUUCAUACCGUUAGACUUCAUUUUACCUGUGGUCUUCUACAAUGUGACUUUCAAGCCAUCAAAGCAGGGACUAAUGUUUUGGGGAAACACAUUGAUAGCCAUAGUCUUUUCAGUACUAGGAGUUAUGGGUACAAUUUCUUCAAUUAGACAAAUAGUUGUUGAUGCCAAUGAAUACAGUUUCUUUGCUAAUGUGUAAAGCUAGCAACUAUUCAUCACAAUUUAUUGAUCAGGAUUCCAU